AUGGAGAUUAUAGAAGGAAAAAAAGAUGGAUCUCAAUUGUAUGUUUAUAAUAAUUAUAGCUAUUGUAAGGAUAAUAGAUAUGAUAAUAUUUAUCGAUGCUCAAAACGCAGAACUGAGCAUUGUUCUGCUGUAUUACGAAAUGAAGAAGAAUAUUUAUUUUUGGAUGUAAUGCACAAUCAUCCGGAAGAGCUAUAUAUUAUAGAAAUUAGUCAUAUGAAGAAACAAAUGAUUCAAUUAUGCAAAGAAACGACAAAACCUUUCAAAGUUAUAUUUGAUACAGUAUGCCGCACUAAUUUAUUAGCUGGUGCAUACAUUUCAUAUAAUAGUAUGAAAACCAUUUUCAGCCGUGAAAGAGCAAAAUCACGCUCAAAUAUUCCAAAUGAUUUAUAUUCUUUGCACCAACAAUUAGAGAUGUAUGAACCUACACGUAGCAUUUAUAAAGGUUGUGCAACAUCAAUCGAUAACAAAAUAGCACUUAUUUUUAGUAAUAAUACUCUAUUAAAGUUAUUAUCCGAAGCAAGUGAAAUUUUUGUAGACGGAACAUUUUCCGUUGUGCCAAAACGUCCAAAUAUCACUCAAUUGUAUAGUAUACAUGUUCGCAUUGCUGAUAUGGGCAUAGCAGUAGUUUUUGUGCUAUGUGAAGUACGUUCUGUCUCUUUAUACAAGGCAAUGUGGCAGAAAAUCGUGUCACUUGCACCUGGCUUAAAUGAAAAUCUAAAAUUCAUUAUGGCGGAUUAUGAAAAAGCAGCUAUGACAGCUAUGAAUCAGCAAUUUCCAUCUGCCUCUAUUCAUGGUUGUUGGUUUCAUUAUUCACAGGCGCUUUAUAGAAAAUGGCGACGCCUACAGCUAAAUAGUGCACUUCGCGAAUUGUUAUCCAUGGCUAUGUCUAUGGCAUUAGCACCUAGUUCUUUAUUUUCAGAUUCAUUAAAUAUUAUGCAAAAUAUUGCAGAUCGUGUUUCUGAAACUUAUCCAAAUGUAUUAUUAUUUAUGGCUUAUUUGCGAGGCACUUGGCUACCUAUUGCAUCCAAAGUAUCUGUACAUAAUUGUCCCGUUCGUACAAAUAAUUUAGUGGAAAGUUUCCAUCGCACUGCAAAUCAAAAAAUUGGUACAGCUCAUCCAAAUUUAUGGGUAUUUUUAGAACAUUUGUCGGAAAUUAUAACAAACCAAGAAAUUGAUUAUUCUCGCUUGCAAAAUAAUGUACGUGUUAGACGAACACGCACACGAUUUAAUAAACAAAGAAAUAUUCAAAUUAAAGAAGGGCAAAGUGCUCUUAUAAAUGGUGAUAUUUCUUUAGAACAUUUUUUACUUGAAACCAGAUCUACUGAAAAUUUUAAUCAAAUACAACAUCGUUCUGCCAAUAGUUCAUCAAGUGAAGAGGAAGUUGCACCAUCUAUUGAAUCUUCAGAAUUCGUAAUGGAUAAGCUGGGAAAAGCAGGAUUUAAAUUAAAUAAAGAGAAGUGUGAAUUCCUGCAACAAGAGAUAAAAUUUUUAGGACAUACGUUUAAUGAGAUCCAAGCUAAAAUAAAUCAGGAUACUCGCAUGUCGAUCCAUAAUUUUGAAAGAUCUAGAACGAAAAGACAAGUACAGAUGUUUCUUGGAUUAAUUAACUGGGACAGAAGAUUUAUCAAAAAUCUGUCAAGAAUGACUAAACUAUUGGAGAAUUUGCUCAAGAAAAACACUAAAUUUCAAUGGAAAGAGGAGGAGCAAAAUGCAUUUAACGAAAUUAAAAGAGCGUUUGUGGAGGCGCCAAACUUAUUUCUGACCCAACCUAAUAAAAAAUUUGGAAUAUUCGUAGACGCUGCUAGAAGCGGACUCGGUGCACGUCUGUAUCAAUAUGACGAUGCAUCUGACGCGAAAUUAACGAUAGCAUAUGCUAGCAGGUCACUGAAAGGAGCAGAAUUAAACUAUACGAUUACGGAAUUGGAGUGUUUAGCACUCGUAUGGGUUUUGAAGAAAUGGCAUACAUUAUUAUUAGGACGACACAAUAAAGAUGCCGAUGCAUUAUCAAGAUACGGAACCAGAAGUAUGGUAGAUACCGACAAAGUAAAACGAAUAGCGUUGAUUCAGAAUCCCAAGGACGGAAAUAAUACAGAUAAUUGGAUACCAAUAAUAAGAAAUGCACAAGAGAAGGACGAGAAAAUCCAAAAACUCCUGAGAAAUGAUCCCGAAAAUGUUUAUGAGAGGGAUGGAUUAAUAAGACUAAAAUUUGCAUGUCACAACAUUGAGGCUGAGAGUUCAGUUAACUUGGAACCGGAAGCCCAAGCACCGGCUCCAUUGGUCGCUAAGGAAGUCGAGGUAACGGCCGAACUCACAAUGGAGAAUAUAAUACCGGAGAGAAGCGCUGAGGUGGGCAUUUUUGGUAAGGCGCAGUGCGCUGUGGAUCUGCUCAGUGCCUUUAUCUCCGAGGAAGAGAAAAGGGUGGAAGAGGAUCCCAAGGACGAAGAUGGGCCGACGACCAAGUGA